ACGCGAAAGCAAAGCAACCGCCGCGGACCGGAGGGGAACACGUAAGACCAGCGGCCGGUCCACUCACCAGUUGCCGCCGCCGCCCUCGGGAGGAGAUGGAGGGAGACGAGGAGGCGGUGGAGAUGAAGCAGGGGACGCUGCUGCAGCGGUGGUCGUCGUCGGUGUGGGGGGUGAGCGGCAGCGGGCGGCUGGUGUGGGCGCACAACGAGGCAUGGCGGGCGCACGCCGGGAUGGCCUUCGUCCAGAUCGCCUACGGCGGGUACCACGUCCUCACCAAGUCCGUCCUCAACGUCGGCAUGAACCAGAUCGUCUUCUGCGUCUACCGCGACCUCGUCGCCCUCGCGCUCCUCGCGCCCAUCGCCUUCCUCCGCGAGAGAGGGGUGCGGCGCCCGGUGACCCCUCAGCUCCUCGCAUCCUUUGCUCUUCUUGGCUUCACUGGGAUCUUUGGGAACCAGCUCCUCUUCCUCCUCGGCCUCAGCUACACCAACGCCUCCUACGCCGCGGCUUUCCAGCCCGCUAUACCGGUGUUCACAUUUCUCUUGGCUGCAAUCGUCGGUGUUGAGGUGAUCAACAUCUUCACGAAAGACGGCAUAGUCAAAGUUCUUGGCACAGCCGUGUGCGUCUCCGGCGCCGUUCUGAUGGUUUUCUAUAGAGGCCCGUCCUUGAUUGGCAUGGGAGGCACCAAUGCAGCAGAUGAAAAUGUUCUGGCCGGCACAUGGAGUAGCAAUGCCUAUCCUGCUCAGUGGUUGACCACAGCCAUGCUCCGAUAUGGUGUGGAAACAUGGCAUCUUGGGGUUGUGUGCCUUAUAGGAAAUUGCUUCCUGAUGGGUGCUUAUCUAGUCAUACAGGCUCCGGUGCUGAUAAAAUACCCUGCAAGCUUAUCCUUGACUGCUUACUCCUAUUCUUUUGCCACCUUCUUUAUGGUGUUAACUGGGCUACUCGCAUCCAAUGGGCUACACGAGUGGGCGCUGACAACAACCGAGAUCAUAGCUAUUUUAUAUGCUGGAAUUAUCGCAUCUUGCCUGAACUACGCAAUCAUGACUUGGGCAAACAAAAUUCUGGGACCUUCUCUAGUUGCCCUGUACAAUCCGCUCCAACCAGCAUGUUCAACUUUGCUCUCAACUAUUUUUCUUGGAACCCCAAUUUAUGUUGGAAGCGUUAUUGGGGGAGUCUUCAUCAUUGCCGGUCUUUACCUGGUUACUUGGGCUCGAUACAAUGAAGCACAGCGGGUGCUGACUGUUGGUUAUUUGGAUCCUCUUCUCGUGGAGGAUCCACCAGCCUCCAAGGCACAGGGAAGUUCCUCCAGUGGUUCCAUGGAUCCUUAGACCUCAGAGGGGAAGAAGGAUUGUCUUGAUCAAUUGUUUUUUCUAGGACAGCAGCAGCGGAUUUAUUUCAUGUAUUAGUACCGUUUUUUCCCUAGAGUCAUCCUCUUCAAGAUAUCACAAUAUAAGAAAGCAUGUAAUUACCAUUUCUAGCAUUGAAGUAAGCUCCAUCAUCAGGAAGACGUGCAGGAUACAGAAAAAAAUCAUACACUGAACAUACUGGGUGUCAGCAGUCGUCAAAUUUCCCCCCAGCAUUUGCAGAAGAUACCUUUGGCUAGCAAUGUGCAGUGAUCUCUCCAGUUUCAACAGUUUGAUCUGUACAGGUCCAAGGCUAACAAUAGUAGGAACAACUUCAGCAAUGAAAGGUAUAAUCUCCAUUGUCAACACUGCAGUAUAUCAUAUAUCUGCUUGUAUAAUCUAAGUAAUCUAUUUUCAUCGUAUUGGCAUCAAAACUUGAGAUUAACAACUCACUUUUCAGUGGCAUAUCUAAACUCGAAAAAUAUGCAGAAUCUGUUAUUCUUACUGUAUGGAUUUUGCUAUGAUAACUUUUCUUAACUUGCAUUUAUCUUUUGUGUCAGUAGAUUGUUCAUUUAGGCCUGGGAACUGAAGCUGCAAUACUCUAGAGCUAUUGUUCUUGUGGCAAGACAACUGUUCUUCUGUGGUGGGAUCCAACGUGUUCUCUACAUUCAAGAGAAAAUUAUCACAUUUUGGAACAAUUGGUUGCUGGAGUACUCGUACUGUGUCCUUUUGUUGUAUCUUCUCUGUUUCCGAUCUUGCCUGUGCCUUCGGCUAUGUAAAUUUUAAUACGGUUACAAAUUGAAUUUUCAGAUUACCACCUGGACGUAGAGCAUUGUAAGUCGUAAAUCAGGACUGCGUCAUCCCGAUCCAUUCGGAUCGGCAGAGAAAAUAAUUUAUCUUCCCUUCGCACCCAAACAAGCCUCGAUUGUACCACAUUGGAAUUUUUACUGUACGAACUGGAACAAUGAUGCAUUUUGCAAAUGCAGAAAUACAUGAUACUCUGGUUUGUUCGGAUGCAGUCAAAAGGCUCAAGAGGUGAAGAAAAACAAGUUCACAACUUCAAAUGGGUGUUUCAUGACUUCCAUCUGAUGGUACUAUGUGUCGAAAGGAUGCAGCACUUACUAAUGGGAAAGUUUACCCUGUGCCCCCGCACGUGACAGACGCCGGUGAUGGAGGCCGCCGGGUUAGGGUUCCGGGGCCGCUCUUACCCCCGGACAUAGAAAUUGGGAGGGAGGGAGGCCUAGUGGUGAGGCGGCGGAGGCCGAGAUGGUGGCUGCCAGCAGGGGUGUUGGAGGCUGCCAGGUUAGGGUUCCGGGGGCCGCUCUCUUCCCCGGACGUAGAAAUGGGGAGGGAGGGAGGCCCAACAGUGGGCGGCGGAGGCCGAGAUGGUGGCUGCCGGCAGUGGUGUCACGGCGACCGGGUUAGCAGAGUGCACGGAGGAGGUGGCAGCGGCUGCUGCAGUAACCAAACCUUGGGGGGGGGGGGGUCAUCUCCCUUGGUUCAUCGUUGCAACUAUUGCUACUUCUUAAAGGUGAGAGUUUUUUCAGGUUAUGAAUCACUAACCAUUCUACCUUGUUAUACAGGCACAAAUCUCCUCCCUAGUCACUCACAAAGGCAAAGCAGGUGAAGAUUUAGGCUACACCAACAAAUCAUACGAUACAAAGCAUUUACAGCUGACAAGUUAAAAACUGUCUCAUGAAACCCUGAAAACACUAUCACAAUCCCAAAAGAAGCCCCAAUUCACAAACUUUAUUAAUUGCCACUAAAACAAAGUGAACAAGCAACAGAUUUCUGCCAUAGUUUGAGGAGCUUCGAUCAACAUCAACAGUACUAGCAACCAUCGCCGGCAUCACAGCGCAGCAACACAUAAAUAACACGUCUAUCACACAACACAUGUAGCAGAAGUAAUGUAAACCACGACCAGCAACAGCAGCAGCAGACUAGUAGUACACCGCAUGCCGACGGGGCGGCGGCGGCAGUAGGAGUUAGAUUGGACGGAUAGAUCACGGAUCGGAUGAAAUUAAGGGAGUUACCCCAAGUAGCUACUUCUUGAGGCUGCCGCGGAUACCGGGCUUGGGCUUGGAGUUGGAGGUGGUGGCCUCCACGGCCGCGGGGGCGGCGGCACCGGAGGUGGAGGAGUGGAGGUUGAGGAGCUUCUCCGGCUCGAAGGGGAGCUUGGGGUGGCGCGCCUCGUGGUGGAUCUGCAUGGACUUGAUGUCGGGCGCGGAGGUGCGGCAGAGCGGGCACGCCAGCUUCGCAUGGCC